UCACGCUAGGUGAACUUCCUUGUACUCCCGUGUACUCCCGUGUAUCAGGUGUGCACCAACCAAACGCUGGGACUUUGUCGACAGUUUUUACGUGCGUUCAUUCUAGUGCGGACAGGUGGGAAGACAAAGAGAAAACAGGAGAACAUCGAUUUCACUCAUCGAUCGAAUUCGAAGUUUUUGGUCUUUUUCCGACGACAUCAAUCAAGUUUUUAAAACUAAACAUUUUCGGACUAUGAAGGAGACGCGUAUGAAAUAAAAGAUCCAGGAAGUGAGUGGCUAAUGACAAUGCCCUGCAGCUACAAUACCGAGAACAAUAAUGACUAGAAGGAGCAGACUUUGUACACCUCGGUGCUUUCUGACAGCAAAAUAAAAUUUAUAUCUGCCGCUGUGGACAGCUCAACGGAUUUACGACAUCAUGGCGGAAAGAACAACUCUGUUCGGGGCUCGUGCUGGUCGUCUGCUGUACACUGUGGCAUGUACCUUUACUAUUGUAGGUAUGACUGCAGCAUCUCUAGACUGCUCCUCUGUUUCCGGAGUCAGAGCUAACUUCGCUAGCAACACUUUCGUGUGUUUAACUGAUGUUCCUGGCGUUUUCCUCUGGACACUGACAAGGUCUGUCAACGACACUGUAAUUCUCGGAGAAUGUUCUUCUAACUGUGAAAUAACAGACAGUUCUUUAAACAGCAGCUUGUCCUUAACAGCAAAUAACAUCAGCAGUCAGCUGGUAAUCGACACCACUGUGCCCGACAUUCAGUUCGUCGAUUUUUUCAAUGGCAGCAUCAUUGCAUGCAGACGAGGAAGUGAAGAAAGAAAUUGGACGACAGAUUAUGUUCAUCCUGGCGAGCUUGAAUCUUGCCAUGUCCAGUUCAGAACAGAUUCCUGGAGAGUGUCUGGAAAGUGUGAGGUCAAGGGUCUGUCUUCCGCUCUGGGCUGCUACAAAUGUUGGUGGAUUUCGACGCUACAAUCGUCUAGCCGAGAGGUCAGGGUGGAAGGCCAACUGCGCAUGUCUGAGACAGCCACGUGUGUCCUGGACACGACCUUUCCGCCUGCCCAGGGUCGCUAUAGUUACCAUGUUGAGAUGUAUGCACAGAGUCACCUGCCAGCCUCCUUUGUAGGAACAGAUGAAGUUUUGAGUCCAUCGACAGCCAGGAACCUCACCCACACGUGCCCUGCCCAGGGGGUAGCCGAGGGGUCAGACCUCACGUGUCACUGCAAGGUCGUUGGGGACACUGGGAGCCCUAACGCAACAGUCCUAUGGGGAGGGACAGGAAACAACUCCGAUCAGCUGACUCUUCGUGACGUCACCAGGGCGGACACCGGCAGACAGUUCGAGUGUCGUCUGCUAUGGAACGGCACUGUGCUAACCUCGGUGACCUAUGUCCUUACCACCUUCUGCUCCGAGGAUGUUCAGUCCAAAGCUCAAGCACGAGCAGAAGGAAUAGGAAUAGGAAUAGGAAUCUGCCUCGCCAUUGCGACUGUCGCUGCAGUCGUCUUCGCUUUCAUCUUCUGGCAACGAGGAAAACUGGACGUCCUGUGCAGUCCCUGUCCGCUGCGCGUUGGACACUGCCUCAAAGAUGCGACGGAGGCUGAGGAAGCCACGAUCUCAGAUGUCCAAAAUAAGUCACAUGACCAGACUUGCCGACAAAAGCCUGUCUCCGAACGCUUGCCAACCUCUACCUUGCGCGAAACCGUGGGUCACGAGAAGUCGGCCACGAGACGAGUCAAUCCCGGUCUGAUAAGUUCCUCUCCUUCGGCCCGAGUCGCUCCUCCUGAUACCACGGGCAAGAAAACCAAAUCCGCCGCACCUGUGGGAGCAUUGUACGAUGCCAUCGACCGCACUCAAGUCUCUACAGGUAACUCCUACGAAGCGCUUCAGGUUUCAGCCUCUACCCCAUCAGGUACCACCAGCGGGAGUUUACCAGAGGAAGAUCCACCCGACGAAAUCUAUGAAGAAACCGACCAACCACUCUACGGCAACACGUAGAAGACCUUGCAAAGCUUUUCAUCUGAAUUCAGUUCAGCACGAGAGAGGACGACUUGUAUGACCACCACAGCUUCACUGCCAACAGGAGCAGAUGUCAGCUGAAGUGACAACACUCUAGAGGGAAUAAUCGUAGUUUAUUGCAUAAAAACAUGCGCACACAGAACUGAGACACGAGGAAGAGAAUUUCUACACUUUUAUUGUAAAUUAACGAUAAGUACAUCUGUACUGACGUAUGAAAGGGGUUAGGGGAACAGUAAUGCUGACAAACUGCUCUUAGUAAUGUGGACAAACUAUUAACAUUGUUUUUUUUUAUAAAGACUUACUAGAAAAGUGCGCAAAAAGUAGUUUCGUCUAUCCUAAUAGUGCUUUGACAACACUAAGGAGUUAACAAGACUUACACCUCUAAACAUGUUUGAUUGUAACCGUGCAGAGAAACAAUUGUCCCAACAUUGUUUUGUGUCUGAAGUUUGACACAGUCUCCACCCCAUCAUGGUGUAAGAAAGCUCAGGUAUGGUUACAGCUAGAGGUUUCUAGGAAGAAAUAUUUAGUCUACCGACACAGCUAAGUGUUGCAUUACUAAUUAGCUCCACAACUGUCGAGGUUGCCCAAGUUGGUCCGACAUUCAGUCUGAAAGUUAGCUAACACUUUAAAAUGAUCACGUGUCUGCAUAGUAGUCAAACAAGCCAGGAAUUUCCAUUCUACUGUUUAAAUAAAAAUUUUCUAAAGUGUGUCAAAUUUUACUGUUGCACAGAAAGCUUAUCAAGUAGUCAAGAAAAGAAAAAAACUAACACCGGGACAUGAAACAUCUAUCCACUGUUACUGGGGUGUCUGUCUGGCUUAUAAACAUUUUACACAGUUAAACAUGCAGAGUGCAGUAAGUAACGGUGGUAUAUCGAUGCAGUUCUUUCAGCAGUUAUCAUCACAAGGGUUAAUGUGGCUGAACCGUGAUGAUGCGUUAAGAUAAGGGAUAGAAUGUGAAGAUGUCAAUGAUCUUAAUACAUGAGACAGUAUAAUGAGACAGUUUUUCUCUUAAAAUAUUGAAGUUUUUAAAUUAAAGCAGAUUUCUGACAUGCCCUUGAUGUCCAAAAAAA